AACCGGAUUUUCCUUCCCCGCAGCCCGGCCUUGAAGAGGCCUGGAGCCAGGAAGGAGAUGGCGGGAGCUGCCGAGGGCCUCGUCCCCUGGUGCAUGGGGCAACUGCGAGGCGGCUUCGGGCUGGAUGUCGGCGAAGAGCUUGUCCAGUAUAUCUUGUCUAUUGAGAAUGAGGAAGAGAUUCGAGAGUAUGUUGCUGACCUGAUCCAGGGGACGGAUGGCAAGAAGAAGCACUUUGUGGAAGAGCUAGUAGCCAAAUGGCGGAUGUCCUGUCAGCCAACCUCUGACCGUCUACCUCUGUAUCGGAAGAAAGAUGGUGCUGUAGAGGUUCCUCGCCCAGGAGACCAGGCCAAGAGAGGAAGACGAAAAGGGAGAAACAAAUUGGAAGCACCUGUUUAUGUAGAAGCUGAGCAGCCGGUGGAGGAAGUGAAAACCCCUCUUGAUUUAGCCAAGAGCCAGGAAUUAAACAGUAGCAGCUCCUCUUCCAAGAAGAAGGCGAAAUAUGUCAACUUGUACACAAAGGAAGGCCAGGACAAACUGGCAGUGAUGCUUCCAGGACGCCACCCUUGUGAGUGCCUGGCUCAGAAGCACAAGCUCAUCAACAACUGCCUGACCUGUGGCCGCAUUGUUUGCGAACAAGAAGGCUCCGGACCUUGUUUAUUCUGUGGGAUUCUGGUGUGCACCAAAGAAGAACAGGAUGUCCUGCAACGGGACUCCAACAAGAGUCAGAAGCUAUUGAAGAAACUCUUGGCAGGUGGGGAAAAUUCUACGAAAGUAGAUGCAGUUGGCAAGGACGUGUUCCCUCGCCAGGAGGCUCGACUCAAGACAGGGCUGGAAAAGGCAGUGAAACACAAGGACAAGCUGCUGGAGUACGACAGAACAAGUGUGCGCAGAACCCAGGUGAUUGAUGACGAGUCGGACUACUUUGCCACCGACUCCAACCAGUGGCUCUCCAAGCAGGAGCGGGAGGCCCUGGAAAAGAGAGAGAAGGAGCUGCGGGAACUGAGGCAUGCCUCGCGGCUCUCCAAGAAGAUCACAAUUGACUUUGCUGGACGGCAGGUCCUGGAAGAUCAAGGCAGCAUGGCGGAGUAUCACAGCAAGUUGGACGAAACUAUUGAAGCUAUUAACAGUGGCACCUUGACCAAACCAAAGCAGCGCUCAAAGGGGAAAUCUGAGGACCUUGCAGUUCUGGUGAAUCCCAACCUCCUGCAGCCAGCCCCUGUGUGGGUGGACCAGUCUAGUUUGCCCAAGCACAGGAAGACUGGCCCUCCUGCAGGGCCCGGCGGGAACGAGGCGCUGUUGGAAAGAAGCCGCUUACGGGUCCAGGACAAGGAACUGCAGGAGAUCUCAGAUGACGGCUGGUGCCUCAGCAUGCAUCAGCCUUGGGCCUCCUUGCUGAUCAAAGGAAUCAAAAGGGUGGAAGGUAGAACUUGGUACACAUCGCACAGGGGACGACUCUGGAUAGCCGCUACAGCUAAAAGACCUUCCCAGCAGGAGAUCUCUGAGCUGGAGACCACCUACAAAAUCCUCCUGCAGAAAGAUUUGGAAUUCCCCCAAGAUUAUCCCUCCAGCUGCCUCCUUGGCUGCGUCGACUUGAGUGACUGCUUGUCGCAAGAGCAAUUUAAGGAACAGUAUCCACAGCUGAGCCAGGAGUCCGCUUCUCCGUUUGUGUUUAUCUGCAAUAAUCCCCAGGAGAUGAUUGUGAAGUUUCCCAUCAAAGGCAAGCACAAGAUCUGGAAGCUGGAUUCAAAGAUCCAUCAGGGAGCAAAGAAGGGGCUAAUGAGGCAGAAGGCCUCCAUGUGAGCUGCAGGCCAUACAAUACCCACCAGCACCCCGGACAGCAGAAGGAAGGGCUCCCAAUCCAGCGCCUGGGACUUCAGGAACAUCAGAGGUUCUGUAGACGCCACAGAGGGAACAGACAGCUAUGAGGGAGAUAUACAAAGGAGAACUUGUUUCUAUCACAAUAAAUACACGUUGAGUUGUCUGCGACCAAAGGAUGGUGUAAGGCAGUGGUUCUCAACCUUCCUAAUGCCGCGACCCCUUAAUACAGUUCCUCAUGUUGUGGUGACCCCCAAUCACAACAUUAUUUUCGUUGCUACUUCAUAACUGUAAUUUUGCUAUUGUUCUGAAUCAUAAUGUAAAUAUCUCAUUUGCAGAUGUAUUUUCAUUCACUGGACCAAAUUUGGCACAAAUACCCAAUACACCCAAAUUUGAAUA